AUGCCUUCAAAUACGUUAUCCCUUGGCUUCGACAAUCUCAAGGCGGGUUCCUCAAAAGUGCAUAAUCAGCGUGUAUGGAGCGGAGGCUUUUACUUUGUGCUGGGAGCUGUGUCUCAGCUUCUACUCCAUGAGCUUUACGGAAUGUUCAAAAAUGGCAAAAGCACCCUGACAUCACCCACGCUCACUUUUCAGACCGUAUUCGACACGCUGGACUUGCUGAAUGGAAACCACACGUUGGACUUGCCAUCGAUAUAUUAUGCCGAGACAUCGAGCCGGCAAAUUCAGCAAGCCAAGGAGCAUUGGGUGAGCGUUCAGCAUCAGAUCUUGACCUUGCCGAAUUUCUUGCGGCCUCUCUUUCAAGACCAUGCCGCGAUAUAUCUCCUAUGCGGCAGCUUCGCUGUAUAUGUUAUCGCGAGGAUCGCGCUCGAGCUUCGCAGGCGAAUGCUGUUUGCUCGCCACGCGGCAGCAAACGGCUGUCUGCCUCCUCGGACCAUGCCACACUCCUCGAAACUCAGCCGAUACCUGGAGGUUUCCAAAGUCGACGCCAACUUGCUGGACGAGUACUUGUUCAAGAAGUACCAGGCGAACGGCUUGACGCACGUCUUGGCAACGUACUUCACUAAAAGGGUCAAAGCCAUUUCGACGAUCGAGCCGGAGAAUUUCAAGGCUGUACUUGCCACCUCGUUUGACGAUUGGCAACGGCCGCCCUUCCGUGCCGGCGCGGCCCAUCCCUUUCUGAAAGUCGGCAUCUUGACACUGGACGGCCCGCACUGGGCGUACUCUCGCAAGAUCAUGAAAUCCCAGUUCACACGGAAGCAGAUUGACGCCAAUCUCGCAGCCAGCGAGCGUCACCUGCAGGACAUGUUUGAGGCGAUGGGGCGGACAGACUACAACGGCUGGACGGACACCAUCGACCUCAUGGAGUUCUUCUUCCGCUUUGCGAUGGACUCGUCGACGGAGUUCCUCUUUGGGCUGUCAGCCAACACGCAGCUGUGCGCCAUGGUCAGGAAAGGCACCAAGGACGCGACCGCGGCCACCGUGUCGAUGGACGGCUUCGAGGAGGCCUUUGUGCGGGUGCAGAAGCACGUCGGCGUCCGGAUGAAGAUGGGCAAGUCGUACUGGAUGGUCGACGGGUGGGGGUACCGCAAGGCGUGCCGAGACCUUGGGAACAUCAUGGACGGAUUCACGCUGGCAUGUAUGAAGCAUGCGCAGCAGAAGCUCUCGCAGCCCGGGUACGAGGCCAGCAAUGUGAUCGAGGCGCUGGUCGCCAACGGUCACGACCACGACUACAUUGCGAACCAGUGCCGGCACCUGAUCAUCGCCGGGUUCGAGACGACGUCGGCGCUGCUGGGUUUCAGCUUCGCUCUCGCCGAGCGCCACCCGCGCGUCUUCGCCAAGCUGCGCGACGAGGUCAUCGCCAGCUUCGGCACGGAGGGCCUGCCCCGACUGCCGCUGACCUUCGAAAACCUCAAGAAUUGCAAGUACCUGCAGCACUUCCUCAACGAGACGCUGCGCAUGUACCCGGCAGGGCCGAGCAUCCAGCGCGUCGCCGCGCGCGACACCGUGCUGCCCCGCGGUGGCGGCACCGACGGCACCGGCCCCAUCGCCGUGCCCAGGGGCGCCACCGUCCAGCUCGGCAUCUACCUCUGCCACCGCCGUACCGACAUCUGGGGUGACGACGCGGCCGAAUUCAGGCCGGAGCGGUGGGAAGGGAGGAAGAAAGGGUACGAGUACAUCCCUUUCAUCGCAGGCCCUCAGAUCUGCCUUGGUCAACAAUACUCGGUAACGCAGGUCGGUUACGUGCUCGCUCGCUUCUUGAUGCGGUACGAUGCCAUGGAGAAGCCCAUCGGACAGGACAACCUUCGCAAGGGGUGGCAGACCGUGUUGACGCCCGGCAACGGCGUCAGGAUGCGUCUGCACCUGGGUCCGGAUCACCGCGCACUGAACUUGCUGUCCUCCGCUCUGUAG